UCAUGUUUUGUAUUGUAUUAUAUGUCAUUUAGGUUACGCCACUAUGGUUAAUUAUUGGUUAACGCGGGCGGUCGGGGUUCGAUUACCCGAUGGGGAAAUCGUAUGGUGAUUUUGAUCUGUUGGGUAUAUAGCUAUUGAAUUUUAGUGACACAUAACUAUAACAUAUUGCAAUUCAGCUACAGGAAAAAUUCAUAGAAAAAUAAAGCACCUAGAUACAGAGAGAAGCACUGUCGUCCAAGACAACUUUGGGUAUAGACGACAGUUAUGAAGGACAGAAAAAGGUCGUGUACCUGACAUCCUAUUGUCGUCUUGUAUCCUACCUGACAUAUAUGACUUUAGCGAGACGAAAUAUGGUUGCUUGUUGCAAUUGUCUAACAUGUUUCCGUUUUAAUCUACGGUCCGUUUAGCCCUAGCUUUUCACAGUUUAGAAAAUAGAAAUCUGUUGUAACCACUAAAUUAAUAGUAAUUAGAGUAAGAAGAUAACCUACGUUUCAUACCACUGAUCGAUUUACCGGCCUGCCCCUAGCUAAAGCUUUGCUACAUGCCGCGUGGAGCUGUUUUUGCUGAGGAGACAGAUUGGCUUUGAUCAUGUAGCUAUCUAAUCUCCUCACUUCAUUCGUCUCCCAGCUCUUGGAUUUAGCUGAGUUUACCAAUGACGGACUGCAAUUCUGAUUACAUCACUGUUAUAUCUAUGCCAAGACAGACACUCGAGUACGACGAAAAACAGGGUUGAGGGGUUCUGCGUCCAUUCUGUGCGUUUGAGACAUGUUUCUGUUGUUAAUCGUGAUCGCUGCUGGCGCUCUCUCUAUUUGAAUACGACUCAUUCUUUCCCGUUUGGCUUUUUGCAACAUCAUAUCCCGAUAAAAGCAAAAAACACCAUGUUUUACUGAGGCCUUUUAUUCGGCUUUGGCUUGGUUAUGGUGCAUGCCUCGCGUCUUCUCUGGCGGUGACGAUUGAAUAGGCCCAUUGAGCUUAAAGUCGAUGUCACAGCGUGAGAUAAUAUGGUAUCUGCGCUGCCGGCCACGUCCCUCUCUUCAGCUAUAUCCUCUUUUUUGCACUCGCCGCUCGUUUAAUUGCUGCAUAAUAUUCCACUGGCGAAAACACCAAAAACGUUGUUGGGCGGAAACCAUUCGAACUCCGCAGUUUCGUAACCAAAUCAAAUGAAUCGUUCGCUUACUGACGCUUAAGAACGUCUGCGACUGUUGCGCGAAUCGGAUGCCCCUUCGCUUAUUUUUACCACCACAACAGAAGCAGUCGGUGCAUUACCUGCGGCGGCAGUGGAUAACAACAGUGUGACGUCCGCUGCAGUACCUUUUUGGUUGGGCGGCCGGCCAAUUGUUCGUUGCCACCGCACUUCCCCGUACAGCAGCGGAUGGCAGACCUCUCAUAGAACGCCGUUGCUGAUGGGGGCCUGUACGUAUACGCAGUUUCCCUGUAAGGGGUAAUCGUGAGUUUGUUUCUCUUUCCGUCUUUUUGACCAUGUCGUUGCUCGUGUCGAAGAGCGCUCGUCGCCGCUAUCGUCGAUCAUUUGUGGUCGGGUAGUGAUUUUUCUCAUACGCCUGUGUCACCGGUUAAGCUGCUGCGUUGCGUUUCGUGUUUGUUCUAUUCGACGAAUCUAACGUUCGAAGUAGUAGCGAUAUCGGUAGCAAAGCGUGGGUAAGAAGCAUACGGUAAACUAAUUUUUCAGCUGCACCAGUUCUAUUAGUGAGCGGCAAACACCAAGCAUCAAACGUCAAGGGCUCGAGCAAUUCCUUAUUUCGAAUAAUUGCUUGCCAUCGCCGUUGGCUAUCAUUUGCCGCCGUGUGGUGACCGCAAUGCGGUGUUCAAUCGUAACGACCUCCAGAAGACACAAAGAGAUACGUAUAUCAACGACAUCUGGAGUUGUGUGAAUCUGUCUGUUUGUCAGUAGUGUUGGCUUUGGUUUGAAGCGUGGCGGAUCGCGACUGAGUCGUCUCGUGUUAGUAAAUUCCGCUAUACGCUAGACACCAGCGAAGGCAAGGAUUGCACUAAGGCAGUUCUUAGCCACUAAGGUGGCUGUACAUAGAGCGUAAAAGUGUUGUAAUCUAAACCUUGCAAAAGCAAUAAGGCUAAUCGGUAAUCACUUUAAGUUGUCUCGUAAACUUCUGGCGAACUUCUGCCAGAGUAUCGUAGCGCUGCGCAGGAUCCAGGUUACAAAGUCGCAAUAUAGAGGAAUAAAGAUACGCUGAAAGAAGUGAUCUUAUAGGAUCAGGUGAUUCUGUCUACUGAGCGUUCAGAAAUAAAAGGAUUCCAUAAUGUUACGUGUCUCGUCCCAGCCACUAGUUGCAUUGACAGUGCUGACCAUAGAUGUCCUGCAUGGUCUGGAUACGCCGCCCCAUUUGCCGGCAACUCCUGAAAGGCAGAAACAUAACGGACUGACCAACAUAAACAAGUUUAGGGAUUCCUUCGUCGAGCAGAUCCGUCAGGUAGAUCCUGCCAUUUACAAGUGGUACCGAGACACCUACUGGGGUAAUUGUGGCCUGUUAGAAUCAAGGCCGCUUAGUCAUCCUAAACGGCCACCAAGUAAAGACGAUAUAAGACAAGGCAAUUAUCCAGUGAAAAGCUACGGCGGUCCAAGGGUAGAUCAGAAAAUUCCGUCCGGUGGCGAACGGCAACAAACUCCUAAUCCCCAUGUGCCACCUACAUUGUUCCCGCCUCCAAACAUUUUCCCUCCAAACAUCCCCGCUGGAUCGACACUACCACCACACAACAGUGAGGAUACUAACUACAAACCCCCGGUUAACAACAGCAGCCAUGGGCGACAACUGAAUACGCAGGGACUAUCGAUUAGGUUCCCUAGCGAAGAUGAAGAGGCACGUAAUAUCGCUCGGCAAGACGCCAUAAAUGCGCAGAUCCUCCGUCAACGAGGAUACCCGUACAGUGGCAACGGGUACUUCCAGACUGGUGCCGAGAGUUUCCAUAAUAAACUGAAACAACAACAACAACAACAACAACAACAACAGCAGCAGUCGUACCAACGUUUUGGUAGCACCUAUUUCAGAAAUGGCUAUUCACAAAACAGCUAUAUUUCUAACGAUAAUGCUGCUUACGGCCAAGGUAGUGGUGAUUACUCGAAUAACAGAAACGUCAACAGUGAAGAUCGCUAUGGCAAUAAUAACUACAACAAUGGCUAUAAUAACGGAUAUGCUAAUGGGUCACCGUCACAAAGCCAGCUGGUGAUUUACCGCAGACAGUUUAUCAAUACGCCUCACGUGAUCACUCUGGGAAACGGUGAUAGCUUGGUCUUAGAGCGGCAAAAGCGGGACAGAGGCUAUUACGCUGCGGAAGGCUCGAAUGUGAUUAAUAACAGCGGUGAAAUAAAUGUAGGAAACGGGUUGAGUAGUAACUUUGCAAAAAGUCGAUCCAAGAGGGAAGACUUUGCUCCGGGCGUCGUUGGGGGCAACAACGCCGAAAAAAUCUACCCUUGGAUGGUACCGAUUGUUGCGAAAGGCCUCGAAGAUGGCCCCUACGUUAUUUGGUGUGGAGCUUCGCUUGUGACCGAACGCCACUUGUUAACUGCUGCUCAUUGCUUUGAUAUUCGACAGGACCCAACGACGUUCAGUGCAUUGAUUCGUGUUCAUAACCUUCAACAGCCAGAGACCGUUGUCGACAUCGAAAAGAUCAUUAUGCAUUCCGACUAUCAACCCGGAAAAUUUUAUAAUGAUGUGGCGAUCGUCACGUUAGUUAGAUCCGUACCAAACGCUAAGCCAGUUUGUUUACCAAUUGAAGAUCCCAUUGGGGUAGAUGAGCCUUCAGCAGGCGUCGAAGUGCUUGGCUUCGGAUCGCUGGCAUUUGGCGAGCAUGCUAGCCAAACACUGCAGGUAGCCAGCCUCGAAGUGUUCGACAACGCCGCUUGUCAAGCUAACUACUCGUCGAAAAUGGACACGGCCUUACCUCAGGGCAUAAUUAAGACGCAUCUUUGCGCAGGUGCAAGAGAUGGCUCCAAAGAUGCCUGUCAAAAUGACUCUGGCGGCCCACUGGUUAACGACGACCAAAUCGGACGGAAACUCUUGGUUGGUGUAGUCUCUUUCGGCUAUCAAUGCGCACGGGAAGGCUAUCCAGGCGUUUAUUCUAACGUCAAGGAAUUCCUACCAUGGAUUAUGCCUACGAUCAGGAAAAGCUGAAAAAUGCACUAUAUGCAAAUUAAGGCAUAAUCGGAAUUAUAUUCAAAGGAAGGAUUUUGAAGUCCGGUUUUUUUCUGGCAACAUUGUAAAUGGAAUAAAGCAGCUUGUUACGAGGUUACAUAUGAAGGCUAAUCCGUUACGUCCUCACUAUAUUUGAAAGGAAAGUCCUGAGAAUCGUUGGGGCAAGCUUGAUAUUACGCUGAUAUAACCUUAAUUAUGUUCCUGUUCAAAUUACGUUUUUUGUUCCGAUCCUACGCAGGAUUAUUUUUUCAAUAUUCCUUGAAGCGAUUGAUUUUCUUCAUCCCGAUCGGAUUUUCUACGGUACAAGUAUAAAUAUAUACUGACUGAGAAGCUUCAGUUUUGGCCAAAAUAUAAUUUCGCAAUCAAUAGCUGCUCUAGGAUCUUGCUAUAAAAAUGAAGAACUCUUCUCGGCGAAACUUUCUCGCCAUUUGUUCUGGCCAAAGUGUGCCUAGUUGCCUCUCGUAGCAAAUUACUCCGAACAGGUGUUACAUUCUUUUACUCUGUGCAGGCGUAAUGCUUACAUCGGGUCCCUCAACGAAGGCUCAACUGAGCCGAUAAAUAGCAAAAACGAAAUACUGCCCGUAAUAAACCAUUGAGGGCAUUCGAUUUUAAAAGUGAGUCUUUCUAAUUUUUAUUUUAAAUGCUCUCGUAAGAACAAGACGGAAUCCAUCUAACCAGCUUCCCGCCGCCUCUUAGGGGCAGAACCUACAAAAUGACUUCCUGUGGCAUCCUCUCGAAUACGUUGUCGAACGAAACCUCCGCAAAUGACAAAUACCGGUACACUAUUCCCGAAGACAGGUUCUAUCUACUACUAAGUCGAACAGCUAACAAAUUAAUCAUUGAUAUAGAAUGGUGUUGUCUCUAUGGGAAUCAUCGCAAUGAAAUUAAGUUAUAUUCUUCGUUGAAAAUCUUCGUCAAGAUGAUCACAGUGCCCCCGUUCAAUGCGUUGCCGCUCACGGCGAUAAAGGAGCACAGAUGCUUACUAACUGGAUCAGUGCUUUUCCUCUUUUUAUGCGAUACAACCAGAACAAUAUAUAUCUCUUCUUCAGCAGGUGAUCGUAGAAAUGCCUGCAACAGGUCACGGAUUCAACAACAGCUUUAGCUCAACAACUUAAUUUAGCAGGGAGGGACAUUUACGCGACAGCAAGCAACCCAAGUAAGAGAAAUCUAGAUUUGCUACUUGUUCUGGAACCGAACUUAUUCGUCCAAUUCGAUCAACAUAGCAGACGCCAUUAGUAUUCAGAACUGCCUUAGAGACAGCGUAAGUAGGAACAACAUGCUGAUACAAAGUUUUUGUUUUUACAGAAAGUCUAUUUUUAUCCAGAUCGUCUAGAAGUUCAGUUUGAAUUAGCGUGGAAAGAUUACGCUUGUAUUCAGCCUCGACGGGCCGUAUCUGAAGGAUGUCAUAGUAUCACUAGACUACAGGAUGCUUAAACUAUCGUUUAAGGACAAAGACACGUUUCAGCCUGUCCUAUGGCAAACCUAAUCGUUCGCCCUGAUUAGGCAUACGUACAAGGCGUACAAUGUACGCAAUAAAUUAUUGAAACCUUACUAUAUCGUUAUCCAUACUCUUAGUUGUUCGCAUUUUCCGCCCUGUAUCCUAUGUACGACACCUAGCUCGUUCCCUAGGAAAUUCUUAUAAAUGAAAUUGAUCGAAUUUAUGGAUAAUCCAACCGAAGGCGUGUAGCCGAAAUAAUUGAAGAUUGCUUUUGGGACGUAACCAGCGAAUUUGGUUGGCAUCCCAAACCCAUCUGUUAAACUCUGAACACCAUUCGACCAGAUCGUAACCUUUGUCUGUUAAUUUACGUAUCUUCAAAGGGUCGAGUAUGCAUGAACCUACGUUGGCCUUUUAUUUUACAAUGGUACACAAACACCACAGAAUCUCCUAUCAGCCAUCGAUAUAAGUUUGGCAUCUAAUUGAUAUAAAGUCGUUUUCUCUACUUACAUACGGAUCUUGAUUCCGUAUUAUAAUGGUAUAUGUAGAAGAGAAAAACAACGAAAGACAGAAGACAGGUAUACAGCCGUCUAUGUCAACCGAGUACGUCAGCGAACGUUCUCUAGUCUCAAGCUGAACUUGUGCAAACCCUAAAAAACAUCCUAAAGUGAAAGAUGUUUUCGGCCGAAACCGUCACCUCAUUCAACGUUUCUUAUUCGUACGGGUUCACUAGAAUUACACUAUCAGAAUUAAUUCUGUUUUCUCUCACAGAACCAUCGGAUUUCUCAUCAAUCCAUAUGUCCAUCUGUGCGUCGUUUCAGAUAACAGCUGUGGUCAGACACCCCAUAAUGCACGCUAUAUCCCUAUAGAAAACGGCGGUUUUCCGCCCUGAACAGAAUAAAAACAUCGAAUUAAAUUUACUACUAUGACGGGAGAUGAUUGUCCGUGAUGAACGCCGUGCAGAUCAUAAGAGACGCCUCGUAAUUAAGCAAGACUAGGUUCGUGUCGGCUAUUCGAACGGCGAUAUUGGCAAGAUAGAAAUAAAGAUCUUGCCCUGCGGCCAAGAACAAACGUCCAAGAAAUCUACAUAUGCCUAAAUACAGGAGAGGAUUCAUCACCAGUGAAAAAGAAAAGGCGGUUGAUCGGCAAUAUUAUCUAUACUAAACAGUCCUCGCUGUAAGAUUCCUCCGAUGCAGAAUGCAACAUUGGAAUAGCACCGCUGGUUAGUCCAGAUGAGCACCGAAAAUACAAAAAAUGCUCUCUUACAUUAGCCAUAAUUUGACAUUUUAGUGGCUAACCGUGAUAACAAUUCGCUGCAUUUGUUUGUUUCUUAAUGGUAAUAACAAUAAAAAAACAAAAAAAAAAACGGGUUCAAUCAGAUCUGUCUGUCUAUCUCUUUUUCAGGCCAAUUCUUAGUCAACAUGAGAUUUGUGUCACCCGUCAGGAUGGGUUCUUAUCAUUCCCGACUUUUACCAUAACGUAAAGAAGAGGCAGUAUUCUCGCUGAGACGUGAACGUGUCAAGCUUACAUAUAAUGACAGAACUAUGUGGGUAUAGUCGUCACCUUCACUCACUGAUUUUUUUUGAUAAGGGUCUCCACAUUAUUCGGGUUACAGGACUUCGUUCGGUUAUUUUCGCACUUAGUCGUUAAGUGAUGCAUAGGUUCAUGGUGUGCAUCGUUAUAAUGACGCCCGAAAAAAACACACCCGACAAUGAAAAUUUUGUUCUUCAGAAGAACUUCAGCCAUUACAAAGUGAUUAUCGUAGCCGACCGCGUUGACAUUGUUUAUGUCGGCAAAAAA